AUGGGCGAAGUUUUCCACGACGCCGCUGGAAAUAAUAGCACAGAUGCAAGAAGAAAAAAAGGUCUAUCCGAGAGUUGGACGAAAAAUACACGGUUGUAUAUGCUGCACGGGAAGGAAGACGUCUUUGUCCCUCUAUCGAGAUCUGAAGCUCUCGCGGCUGCGCUUGAGCGUUAUCGUGCCCGUGGCCAAGGAUUUGCUACUCUUGAGUGGUCGGUUCUUGAUGAUUUGCGUCAUUCCUUUGUUGAACGUGUUUGGCCUUGCGUUCGAAAGAUUUGGAGCGCCUUUUGA